UGAGCAUUGCCCUUUGUUUCUUAUAAAAUGGAGGGGAAUCUCCCUCCCCUCAUCUCCUCGAGCCCGCUCGAUCCUUCUUCCUUCUAGAAGCCAUGGAUCUGCAGGGGAAGACUGCUAUGAGCAGCAGGCUGCUGGUGUUGUUGUCGGCCAUCGCUUUUUGCCUUCUCAUCACCUCCCAUCCGGUUGAAUGUCGGGAGGAGUCGUUCGAGUACUUGGCGCCGUCCUGCCGGAAGCACAGCGUCUCGAUAACGGACUUCGGCGGGGUGGGGGACGGCGUGACGGUGAACACGAACGCCUUCCGCAACGCCGUCGCCCACCUGGCGAAGUUCUCGACUGACGGGGGAGGGCAGCUCUACGUGCCGCCGGGCCGGUGGCUGACCGGCCCCUUCAACCUCACCAGCGCAUUCACCCUCUACCUCCACCGCGACGCCGUCAUCCUCGCCUCUCAGGAUAUAAGUCAGUGGCCUCUUAUUGACGCUUUGCCUUCUUAUGGGAGAGGAAGAGAUGCACCAGGGGGAAGAUACAGUAGCCUUAUUUCUGGGACAAACCUCUCUGACGUAGUUAUCACAGGGGACAAUGGCACCAUCGAUGGCCAGGGUGAGAUCUGGUGGAAAAUGUUCCGCAGCAAACAGCUAAACUACACUCGUGGCUACCUUGUGGAGCUUAUGCAUUCAGAUGGCAUCGUCAUAUCAAACCUCACAUUCGUCAACUCUACCGCGUGGAACAUUCAUCCCGUCUAUAGCAGGAAUAUAAUCGUUAAAGGAGUCACCAUUCUUGCCUCUUUGACCUCUCCCAACACUGAUGGCAUCAACCCAGAUUCCUGCUCUCAUGUGAGAAUUGAGGACUGCUACAUAGUUUCUGGAGAUGAUUGUAUAGCCAUAAAAAGUGGCUGGGAUCAGUAUGGAAUAGCCUUUGGCAUGCCAAGCAAGCACAUCUAUAUUCGCAGGCUCACCUGCAUAUCUCCCACGAGUGCAGUGAUCGCUCUAGGCAGUGAAAUGUCUGGUGGUAUAAGGGAUGUCUACGCUGAAGAUAUAGUGGCUAUCAAUUCAGAGACGGGAGUCAGAAUCAAAACUGCUCCAGGCCGAGGAGGCUUCAUCAAGAAAAUCUACGUCAGAGGAAUGACCAUGCACACAAUGAAAUGGGUGUUUGGGAUGACAGGAUCUUAUGGGCAACACCCCGAUGACAAGUAUGAUCCAAAUGCUCUUCCCGUCGUGAAGGGGAUCUGUUACAGCAACAUGAUUGCUCAUAACGUCACCACUGCUGGAAAACUGUUGGGAAUUCCAAAGGCCCCAUUCACCCAUAUAUCCAUUUCUAACGUCACCAUCACCAUGGCUAACAGAACUUCUCGAGCAUGGAACUGCAGUGACAUAUCAGGUAAAUCAAGAAAUGUAACACCGCAGCCUUGCAGUCUGCUUCCUGCUGGGCAUGGGCGUAAACAUGGUGACGGUCCUUGCCACUUUCCGAAGGUGAAGGACCAUACGUAUAAUGUAAAAUUCAAGGUUUGCACUUACAAAAACAGCCAUGUGGGAGACAAGGAUAUGUGAAAGAUAUUCAUAGUUUGAUAUUUCUUACAUAGAAUGACAGUUCAAAUAUAAAACAGCUGGUUACUAGUUCUUUCUA